AAUAGCGCAAGCGGACGGCGCGGCUGGUGGUGGGAAACUAAAGUAGAGGGAAAGAGCUUCUCAGCGUCAGAAGCACCGCCAGGAAGUGUCAAGGCUGGACUAGAGCACUCAGCUCAGCUGAAAUACAAGCUCACACACACGCACCUCCCCAUCCUGCCACUGCGCCAGAGCCCACGCUGUCCACAAGUGCCGGCUACCGAGGAGAAACCUUCACCGCAGAGGGAUACGCUGGAGAAAAUGGAGAGCAUCACUGCGUUCCUGGCUUUACUGACGUGCCUCAGCGCCGCAACCUCAGAUACCUAUUCGAUAUGUAAACUAGAUGACAUUUAUGGGACCCAAAAUACGAUCACUGUGGAGGCCUUAGCGGAAGGGUGCUGGUCAAGCUUUUCCACAGAGAACAAAGAAGAAGUGCAUAUUAUCAACCUGCAGUACACGCAACCAGCUGAUGGACAUGUAAUAAUGAGUAUAGCUACAGAAGUUCCAGCCAUCCUGAUCUUCACCAGCACAGUGUCACCAAAUAUCUACGUACACAUCAAGCAGAAAGCACCCAAUCUAAUCCUUUAUGUGACAAAUGGGACUCAUUUAACCCUUUAUCCGGGAGCUACCCAGACAGCACCAGCUUUAAAGGGAAGCGAACUCCUCGACUGGGCAGUAAAAAUGUUUGGAGGGGUCACAUCAUUCACCACACUUCAAGAUGUAGUGAACCUCACAGUGACCAAAAACACAGUGCCGGAAAUGCCCAGUGUUUGCCGACUGAGACUGGAAUACCCAAAGCAGAAGACCUUUUUCAAAGUGGGAUCUAAAAAUAUAGCAGUUAAAUCUUGCUUUUUCGACAGUUCUCUGGACGAGCUGCAUAUUAUCAAUAUUCCCGACAAUGUUAGCAUUGGUACUGUAACAGUGGAUGUUGACCCUUCUAAAGUUAAACUGGUUCUGAGGGGUCCCAUUGGAACCACGUGGAAAAUCAAAGCUAAGGAUGCCGUUUUGCUGUCCAACAACCCUGUAGACAUCAACAAUAUGAGGGCAGGACCAAUAAGGAACAUCUCGGACGAUGCAAGGGAGAUCAAGCAGCAAGCAUUCACGUAUUACAAUGUCACAUUCUUCACCAGCUACACAGAAAUUCACGUCAACAGCCCAGAAAUCAAAGUGAGCAUUGCCCUGAGAGAGCACCCUGCAGUUACAGACAGCCCUCCAAUGAAAAGCACGACACAGUCUUCUGGAAUGUACAUGGAGCUGUUUAACUCUUCGGGCUACGCAUCAUCAAUGGCCCCCGGCACCCAAGUACAGUCCAAAUGGAAGAUCUAUGCUAAGAUCUCCAGUCAUGUCCAUGGAUCUCUGAACAUGAGGAUCGAAGUACAGGAGUGUUCUGUGCACGCUAAAGGCUUGCAGACAGUGGAAUGGAGAAUGCCCUUUAAACACGAGCCCUGCAGCCCUAACGACUGCAGCAACAGUGCCAGGUUCAGCUUCUCCUUCGAUGUGUUCGAUGAUCUGCCCUCCAACAGUUGGGAUCUAGAGUGCAGGGUCGUGCGCUGCUUUACACACAAGUCUUUGUGCACACCGCCUGUGCUGGUAAGGACGGAUGUGCAAGUCACCCAGACGUACCGUCCACCAAACAAUUUGUGCUUGGAGUUUGGCCUCCCGUCUGUCCUGGGCAUCGCUUUUGGAGGAUUUCUCAUCGGAGUCCUGCUCAUCGGCACCCUCUGGUUCAUCAAAAUCCGAACAGGAUAUCCUGCUGCUCUGGGUAUAGGCUCUACAGGGACCCUUCUCUCAGGAUGUCCAUGUUUUCUGGCCAAGCGUCGGCCAGUGCCAACUAACCCCUCUCCCUCCGAGAACAGCAGCGCCAAUGGCAGCAUGGGCAGCACCCAGAGUACACCCACCAGCAGCAUGGCCUAAACUGAGCCACCCAACUCAUCUGCUCUACUGCCCCAACCUUCCAUCCAUUCGCCAGUCCAUCCAGAGAGGGACACUAACAUCGUCCUUCUCUCUCUCUACCAAACACUGUAGCAACCCAGGGGUGGGGGUUUUGGGGUGGGGGGCAGCAGGGCUAACCCUGAACUAGGACCUUUAACUCCCACCUCUCCAGCCACCCAGCGACAGGAAGUCAGCAAGAAAAAAAAAAGGAAAAAACCUCGGCUCCCCGAGACAGGAAAAACAAAGCAUAUCCCCCAAGAACUAACAGGAAAUUCGUCGCAUUCUUUUCAACAGAUUGUGCCUCUUGGACGGAGGCACAAUAAGAUUCCACGAAAAGAAAAAAAAAGAACUUCGAGGUCGACUCGGGGGAGCCUUAAAAACCGGACCGUUUUGCCCCUCUGUCACCACCAAUUACAGCACUAGAAAGCAAAAGCCAACAUGUCUGAGGUCACAUGCAGGGGGCAGCUUAUUCCGUUCCACACUUCCAUUCAAGUAGCAGAUCAGAAAGGGUUACAAAUCAACCAAAAAUAUCCUAACACACCUAAACUUGUCUGGUUCUGGUGCAUUGUUUUUGUAAAAUUGACCACAAAGGCUGCCUCUCACACUGAAGAAAAACUUUGGGAAAAGGCUACCUCUUAAUUUAUGUAGAUUGUUACAUGUCUGCUUGACAGUGGGUUGAUCUAGUGAAAUAAAGAUAAAAACGAAGUAGCUUCUAAUAUUUUUUCCUUUUCUUACUGUUUUCUGUGAAAUGUUUUGCUACAGGAGUUGUGCCACUGUGUUGCAAUAGCUGUCCUACUGUAAAUCACUGUAAAGUUUGACUUUGCUUAGUACCAAAGAACGAGAUAUGCAUCUGUAAAACCUUGAUUACAGGAAUAUCCCAGCGUUUUUCAGCCUAAUCUCCCUCAGCCUCAUCCGUAUUGCAUGGUCACUUUCCAAGGACAGUCAUUUCGAAGUGUUUCCUUGUACUGAGGGCUUGACUUGAAAUGUAGAGUAGAAGCCAAUGGGCAUUUGUUGAAUUCUAUCUAUUUAAAAAAAAAUGUAAUCUAUAGCAAUUUAAAAAGUAGUUCCGGUUACUUUGCUUGCUCUCAGGUUUUGCAUUGUCCUUAGUGAUCAGAUGAAGUCAACUCACUUGCAAACCACUUUUAAUACAAAUGACCACAAAACUAGUUCCCCCUCGGAAAGAACUGGGCAAUUAUAUAGACUUACAGCUUCAUUUACAAAUUCCUUUUGAUGAAUUCAUAAUAAAUGUUCUACAAAAUGAUACGUUUGCAUUUGUGCUUAAUAACAGAAUCCAGAAACUGCUCAUUGGUUUAUAUUAUAACUCUAUUUUGAGCGGUGCUUUUCUGGCUACCGGGAAAUGUGUCGGACUUAUUAUUUGUGGUAACUUGCCAAACAAUACACAUGAAGCUGAGACAGUACUGUACAAAAGAAAGUCCACUGUUCACAUUUCAUUUCCAGUCAAAAUGGCUAUUAAACACACACACACACACACACACACACACACACACACACACACACACACACACACACACACACACACACACACACACAUAUCUUCUAAAAAGCUUACCCUUCUGGAUGGCAGUGGGGUGCUGGAGCCUAUCCCAGCUGUCAUAUUAAAUACAAGUUAUUCAUAUUUUUUCUUCAGAAAAAAAGCAAAAACAUUAACAGGAAAUUACACAGAAGCCUCACUAAGCAAAAAUUUCUCACAAAAUCUGCAGACACACCUCCAAAGUUCAGUCUUAGAAGUUGGUUGAUCAUUUUCUGAAGUAGUUAAACACAUUUAGUGAUUUUGACGUCUUCUCACAGUGGAAGGAUGGACAGAAACACCUGUUCAUGUUUUCAGAUCUGAAACAGUUUGAUUUUCAGCGUUGGUGUCUACCAGGUCUUCCAGGUGAUUGUUAGGAGUGCUGCUUUCUCUGUAGCUUGUUGAUUAUCUUAUAUCUAACUUCUUCAGAAACAUCUCCUGAAAAAUGAAUAACUUUUACUUAAUAGUUGUUUUGACUGAAAAACGCUGAAGUAUUCCUUGAAGGUUUCUGGAACCAAACAUCCAAGACCAAUGAAUAAGAUUAGAUUUUGUUUAGAUUUUUUUAUUUUUUAAAUAGUCUUCUUGGUUACUGUUAAACUAUCCUGGUUACUGUUAUAAUGUUAUGUUACUUCAUUACUAUUGUCAUAACCCUCCUGAUUAUGUUCAUAUUAAUUAAAGCAAUGUUGUGUUUGUAAGCCGGACUUCGAAAUGUAAAUGACGUAGAGGUUUGUAAGCGGUUGUACCGCAUCAGUGAACCUGUUCUAAAUUGUAUGUAUAAAUGUAAGAUUUGUUCUUUUUUAUUGGGCCUUUCUUUGGCACCUUUUUCAGACGUUUGCUCUCUAAAAAGUAAUAAACCAUGCGUGUUAGCCCAAUAUUCAAUAAUAAAUUGGCCUGUUAUGUCACUGUUUUAAAAAAUUGUCAGGAAUGGAACUUCACAGAUUUGUUAAGGUAACAAAUAAUGUAACACGUUUCACAAAGUUUGAAUUUGUCCUUUCAACCUGAAAUGUAAACGUAAAUGGCAGCUGGCAUUUCUAAAUUAUGACGUUAAAAAGUUACGUUUUCUCAAGACAGCGGUGAUGUGAAGAAUUUUUGUGUUUGACUUUGUUAUUUUCCCCAAUUUGAUUAAGGCUUCAUAAAGAUGUGCAUUAAGAGAUCAGGUCAGUUAAGAACCUGAACCAAGUAUCUUCUCUUUAUGUAACAUGUUUUGCAGCAGUUAAGGAAACAGUUUCAUGUGAAUUUGUUUGAUGUAUUUGAAAACUAUUGUUUGUUUGAUGUGUAUUUGUGUUUAUGUGAGUGUAUGAACUUGUGAAAGAGGCAGAACGAUCAAAAAAAGGGUUUUUAUGGAGAGUCAGAAUGAAGGAAAAUGCCACUUGAGCAUUUGUGCAAUACUCUGAGGCCUCAUCUACAAAAACCCAGACGUUGUAAAAAACUGAUUUUUUUCCCCUACAUUAUAAAAAGAGCAUUUUAGAAAAUCCCUCCAUCCACACAUGCAACAAAGAAUUUAAAAAAAAAGUACUCAAAUACACUCAGAUGAUCAAUCCAGCCCAGUGGAGGCUGAAAAUACCCCACAAAAUUUGAAGUCAAAUGCCUCAAAUAGAAUACUUUGAGCAUGAAUAUUGGACAAAAUACAGAGUGCACAGUGAAGCUGAAGCCGAGAUUUACUAAAAAAAUCAUGGCUUUGACUGGCAGGCCAUCAGACCUCUAUAGCUCAAUAUUUGACACAGAUUCCUGCCAGAAAAUAAAAGCUUUAAAGUGUAAGGAAGCCUAGCACAUGCUGCCUUGAGGUGUUUAUGUUGCUGUGGCUCCACCCACUGCUGUUUCUAUUCACUCAAUUUGAACUUUAGAGUUUUUUUCUUUACUGAAUCUGGUUAAUGAUCAUUAAAUUAUAUAUCUCAUAAUCACUGAGAUUUUCUAAAUGUUUGCAAUUCAUUUGACACCCCCUUUAAAAAAACAAUGAACCCAAAUACAUAAAGCCAAGUGAAGCCAAAUGAACAAUAUCAAUCACCAAAUCACUCCAAAUUGCUGAGCACACAGAAACAACCUCACCAUUAGCCACAUAUUAAGAGUUCUGAAUGUUCAAUAAAUGAAAACAGCAGCAUGAAUGAUGUCAGCAUUUUUAAAAAGUUGCAUUUUGUCCAUCAUGAGUCCAACUGAGCUUUCAAAAAUCUCCACCCAAUUUUCAAAAGACGUGUUCAGUGACUGAAAAUGCCAAUUUAAUGUAGACAAGAGGUCAAAAAAGUAUGUUUUCCACAAUAUCUGGUUACAUGUGGAUACAACCUCAGUGUUUAUGUUUAUUGUGUUCACAAAAAUCUGAUGUGUAUCUCUUUUUGUGUUAUAUUAGCUCUCUUCUAUAUCAACUCAGAUUUUGUAUUGUAUAUCCCCAUUUCUAAUAAUUUCUUUGGAGCAUUCCAAGUAAAAUCACCAGUGUUGAAUUUAAUCCUGUAGAAUUCAAAAUAAAAUGUUUUUUUACUCCAAAACAAUCUCACAGCAGGAGUUUAUUUAACACUAGUGACUUUACUCUGCAGACUGUGACCACUUUUACUAAAUGCCAUAUCUGUCCUGUGUGUUUGGGUGUCUUCAAAGAAUGUUUAUGUUUUUAAAACUUUCAUUAAAUUUAAAAGAGAAAAAAGGAA